AUCUUAUUACCCGCCGAGAGUUCACUCAGAACGGUUGCUGUUUCCGAAAGAAGUGGCGACGUUCAUUUGAUCCCAACAGUAUUGUAGUAGGGUGAUAGUUAAAAUCGGAAGCCGGACGAACCAUUAAAUCAAUUAAUUUGGCGAAUUGUUUGUUAUAAGUUAUCUCGUGAGGCUUGCAAAGAAUGCCAAGGACUAGUCAUAACUGAGUAUUUUAUUUUAAGUGAUACAAAGAUUGCGGUGGAUAAAAGUAAAACGGGCAAUGAAACGGACAUGUGCAAUUCGAAGCAAUUUGUAGCCGAUUGCAAUCGACAGUGAAAAGCGACACGUGAAAGUAUUCUACCCUGUGUGCCACGUGCCAGUUAGUGCAAGCCACCCGCCAAUUUCCACGAGUGACUAGUGUAACGUGAAUAGCACAAUCAGUGAUAUUGUUUUGAUUUACCCUGGACUGACAACAAGAUCUAUUGUUGAUCUGAUCCUACAAAGUUAAUCAUGGCGGGAGUUGUGAAUCGAUCAUUUGUCGGCGAUGACGGUCAGGUACCGGGCAAGACGACCACCAACGGUUCAGCGGGACCUCCUGCUGCAGCGGCGUCAGACACCACCGUGGACACUACCAGUACCGGUUCCGGUGAAAGGGAAAAAUGGGACAACGGAGUGGAGUUCCUGCUGUCCUGCAUUGCCAUGUCGGUCGGUCUGGGCAACGUGUGGAAGUUCCCGUCGACGGCAUUCCGCAACGGGGGUGGAGCUUUCGUCAUUCCCUACAUGAUCGUGCUGCUGAUCGUGGGAAGGCCGGUCUACUAUCUGGAAAUGGUGAUGGGACAGUUCUCCAGCCGAGGCAGCGUCAAGGUGUACGAUGUGUCGCCGGUUAUGAGAGGAAUCGGCGUCGGCCAGAUGAUUGCCAUGUCCAUCGUGAUCUCAUACUACGCGGCCACCAUCGCCGUGGCGAUUCGCUACUUCGUGGCAUCCUUUUCCGGUGAUCUCCCGUGGGCUACCUGUGAUCCCGCGUGGACCGACGUGAAUUGUAUCAAUUCGAGUGAUAUUACGGCCAAAUCCAGCAUCAUCAACUCGACGCUCCCGGUGAAGACAUCGGCCGAGCUGUACUACACCCGUUCGGUGACGGGCGAGGACUAUUUGGUGGGCGACGAAAUUGGACUUCCGGAAUGGAAGCUGGGCUUGUGCUUGCUGUUCAUUUGGGUCUGUAUGACGUUCAUGCUGAUCAAGGGAAUCAAGGGAUCCGGAAAGGUGUCCUACUUCCUGGCACUGUUCCCGUACAGUGUGAUGCUGUUCUUCGCGAUUUAUGCCUUCACCUUGGACGGAGCAAUGGACGGGCUGUUGUACUUCAUCAAACCCGAUUGGGAGCAGCUGUUGAAUCCGACGGUGUGGAAGGAAGCCGUGUCGCAGUGCUUCUUUUCCCUGUCGAUCUGUUUCGGAGGUGUGAUCGCUUAUUCCUCGUUCAACAACUUUUCCAACAACAUCUAUCGUGAUGCGAUGAUCAUCUCCUGGUUGGACACCUUCACGUCCCUUCUUUCCGGAGCGAUCGUGUUCGCAAUCAUUGGCCAUUUGGGAUUCAUCACCAACGAGACGGACUACACCAAGGUGGUAUACCCGGGAAGUGGUCUGACAUUCAUCACCUAUCCGGAUGCGAUCGCAAAGUUUGAACAUGUGCCGAAUCUGUUUGCGAUGCUGUUCUUCUUUAUGCUGUUUGUGCUGGGCAUUGGAAGCAAUACCGGAAUCAUCACCAGCGUGGUGACGGCCAUCCGGGACGAGUUUCCGCAGCUGCAGAACUGGAAGGUGGUGCUGGCCAUCAGUGUGCUCGGGUUUUCGACCGGGUUCCUGUUUAUUACGCCGGCCAGCUCCCGCUUGAUUGACUACGUGGACUACUACGGAGUGACGUACGUCACGCUCACCCUGGCCGUUGCCGAGCUGUUCUGCUUCUGCUGGAUGUACGGCGUCGAUCGGAUAUGUCGGGACAUUGAGUUCAUGCUGUCGAUCCGCACAAGCUUCCUGUGGCGCACCUGCUGGAAGUACAUCACCCCCACGGUGAUCCUAUUGAUCCUUAUCGUCACCUUCAUCAGCGGUGGCAAACCGAAAGGCUUCUCUGAUGGCUAUCACGUUCUAGGAUGGUGCAUCUACGCCUUGGCGGUGCUUCCCCUUCCGCUCUGGGGCAUCUGGGUCGUUGCCCAGCAACCGAAGGGCAGCAUAUGGAAGAAGAUCGUUUCCGCCAGUCAACCCAUAGCCGAGUGGGGUCCGGAAAAUCUCGCACUGAAAAAGAAAUACGACGACUACAUUGACGAUAUUCAGCAUGCGGGAUCGCGGAACGUCGUCCAGCGGUUUUUCACCGGACAGGAAAAAACCUACUCGGUGAACGUCUAGAGAUCCCAAACUACCGUAAUAACCAGUUAAAUAGCAAAACCGUGUGCCGUUUAUUUAAGGCAAGUGGAAUGUCUGACGAUUUCAUUGUGCUUUAUCAUUGUAUGAAUGUGUAGGUAUUUAAUAGUCAAGAGACGGUGGAUGAGUGCUCGUAGUAGUGCAGUAGCCGGCAAGCAGACGAUCGUCAUCGAGUCAGUAUUAGUAGUUUUAAUGAUUGACCUGAGCUUUAACAAAAAUGCUAAUCGUUGGUUCGACGGCACAUGCGGAAGGUUCAUCGUCUACUGUGCGGUGAAGUCUUUCCGAUCAUUAGCGUGUAACAUUCGUUAGGGUCAUGCAAAGCGCGAAUGACUAGUGUAAUUCCACCCCCGCCGCGCGCAAGUGUGGCUAUCACAGAGGCCACAGAACAGUGGCAGUCAUGAUCAUAAUCAUCAUCAUCAUCAUUAUCAUCGGCGCAGUAAUACAUUUUCACAGCUAGCGUUAAGAUUGUUGCAAUAGUCAUCGCCAUCGAAUUCGAUCAUCAUGGGCUUCUGACACGAGGCUUGUGUAGAACAGCGUCUAUAACUGAUACGGUUUAGUUACAGGAAGCAAUAUUGUAAGCACAAAUUAGAAUGCAAGCUAGACUAUUUUCCUCGACAGCGUGCUAGGUAUUUUAGAUUGAUGUAAGUGUUUUUGAUAAGAAUCAGUGAGGUAGGAUUAUUUUAAUUUUUUUAUUUAAUAAACAUGACGUAAAA